AUGAGCACUGCACCAGAUCCUAAGUUUCCCAAACUUCCGGGUUUGAUCUUUGGCUGUUCUCCAUCUCACCAUCGGAGAGGCCCAAUUAAGAUGCUUUUAGGUCGCUACAACGUCAAGUUGAGAAAUAAUGAUAAGAAAGAAGACUAUCUCCAUAAGCUUGUCGAACUCGAAAACUCAGUUGGCGAAAGAGAAAAAGAAGCACUCAUGAAAUGGUUAGCUGGCGACAAUACCUGUAAAGCUCUCGCAGCUUUAUUGGGUGAUGCUUUAAAGCCACCGAUCACUCCGAAGAAAACCGGUGAACCAGCAGCCAAGGAAGCAAAGCUGGUAGAAGCAGAAGACGACUUAAUCUUUGCCGCUGUCGAUGAGUGUAAGAUUUGCAUGGAAAAACUAGCACCAGAAAAGUUCCCACAAUCUCGCAUCACAAGUACAUGUGCACAUCAUCCAGCAGUCUGCAAUCAAUGCCUCACUCAACAUAUCGAUUUUCAAGUUCAAACCAAAGCAUCAGAUCGAAUCCAAUGUCCCGAGUGUCCCGAGAAGGUUUCUGAUACCGAGAUCAAGACUUAUGCCUCACCAGAGGUUUUGAAUAGUCCCACCUGCGAAUCAGGUCAAAUACAUACUGGACAAGAACAACCAAUGAUGACAUGUACCGCGUGUGGCUUCAAGACAUGCUUCAUUCACAAACUUCCAUGGCACGAAGAUCUUACAUGCGCAGAAUUCGACAUUCUCAACCAAGCUCGAGUCCAGCAAGAAGCAGCAUCCGAAGCAUGGAUUUCGGAGCAUACGAAACUCUGUCCAAACCCGGAAUGUGGGAUGAGAAUACAGAAGAAAAGUGGUUGCGAUCAUUUGACUUGCGAUUAUUGCCUGUACGAAUUUUGCUGGCCUUGCUGUGCCGAUUUUCGCGUCAUCAAGAAAAGAGGCAAUGAUUACCACAAGGAAGAUUGUAAGUGGCAUACGAAAAAUGAAAAUGGUCUACCUGGACAUGGUGGUGCAAGACGUCCUCCUGCUUCUGGACAACAUAGAGAACCCAAGGUAUUGACGGAACCAAAGGAGUCGCAGAAGUCAAAGAAAUCGAAGCCGUCGAAGGAUUCGAAACUUCCAGAGGCAGCAAAGGGACCAAAGGAAUCAAACGCCCCGGAGGAGCUAGUGGAAUCAAAGGAGCCGAAUGUUCUAGAAGAUGUGAAGCAGUCACUUGAAUCAAAAUUCUCGGAGGGUCUGAAGCAAUCUCAUGAUCCACAUAUGCCAGAGGAUCUGGAGCAGCCACAUGGACCGGUUAAUCCAGAUGGUCAGAAGCAAUUGCAUAAACCAAUUGAGUCAGUUGAGCCAGUGGAGCAAAUGGUCCCAGUGGGAGCAACGGGAUUAAAUCAACCUAGUGCUCCAGAGGAAGUGAAGCAAACACAUGGAUUCCAAGAUUCAUUUAAACCAGUGGAACAAUCGAAGUCGGCAGAGGCAAUGAGGUCAACUCAGCCAAACCCACGGAAACGACCUUGGGAGGAGUAA